UAUACAGUGCCACUCUCAAGCCAAAGGACACACCAUCUACGGUGUAGUGGAUGUGGGUGUCGUUGGGUUGGAAAAUAUCGGCGAGUCGUACCUGCGGCAAAAGAACAAGAAUAGCGGGUCUACUAUUGGGCCUAUGGUGGCGGUCAAGUCAGCUGUAGUGAAGGAGGCGGCCGUAAAAGCAGCCUUGGCUACCCUAGCAACCACUAACCACGCCGACGUACACACCCACGCACCCGCAGAACCAACUCAUUUCAUCUCCACGGGCGGGUGUGGCAAUAAGAUACUACGCCUCCUCACCGGACAAGCGGAUGUGGCGUUGCUUAACCUGGCCUGUAGUAUGUGGGACACCUGUGCAACCGCAGCGCUGCUGUGUGCUCUGGGUGGGGCUGUGUGUACCUUAGCGGGAUACCCCAUUGAGCACGUGCAUGCGCCUGCGAGUGGUACGUAUGGUAACAUGCAUGGGGUGGUUGCUGUGGGUAGUGGGUUUGAUCAACGGCUGAGUGGACUGCUGCGGUGUACAAGGGCCGUGUGGCUGGAGCGGCUGCGUGCGUUGCCUGCAGUGCUGGCGUUGUAUAGGGAGAGUAUGGGAGAGGGCUAUUGCGAGGGAUUGCAGUCUCAAGCGUUAGAUCUGGCCAGAGACAUCGACGGGUGCCCAUUCACGGUUGAACGGCUCAGAGAAAUAACUAAAGACCACAAUAUAACCGGAUUCACAGCCAAUGAGUGCGAGACAGUUCGGUACAAGCAGAGCCACGCGUGCAGGAUUCGCUUCAUUGGUGGUGAUAUCAAAUCAGUGUUCUACAAACGCACAGUGCUGCGUGAGCUGCCCUAUGCCGUCAUGAAGUCCCGAACUGUUCCCUUCAAAAUCACCCGCGACGUCCAGAGCUGUGGGGUCGAGUCCUCAUUCCUGGCUAACCCAUUGGUGCACACGCUCGAGGCCAGUGCGAGCUUUUCUAUGGCAAUUCCUUAUUUGGUACAGAAGCGAGUGUUCUGGGAUACGCCGCUGGACGCCCGGUUCACCAGUGUGCUGCCUGACCUGUCCAUGGAGGGCGGUAAUUGGUCACAGAGUGCCUAUCUCGACACUGCUCAACUGAAAGCCGCGCUGAAGGCGCUGGCAGAGUUCCACAACUUCUUCUGGCUGAAUAACAGUACGCCUAGAAGGACUGGUGACCAUGACAGUGAUCCUGAGAGAAACAACCACGGAGCGACGCGGCCUACACAGACAUCGAAGCAUGAACUGGCUGCUCAGCUCUGGACCACGGGUUCGUACUGGCACUUGGGGCGGCAACCAAAGGGACAACUAGAUAAGAUCAUCACCAACUGGCAACGUCUGUACACGGACGUCUUUGAGUUCGACAAACACUGCGAAGACGACCGCCUAUCAGAAGGUGUGGCAGCUCGGGAUAUGGAAACACUCGGUGCACGACUGAGCCAACUGGCCGAGAGAGCAUCAGUAGCCACACACAACAUCGAUGCGACGGGUGCGGAAAUUGAGUCGGACGCAGAUGCGCGUGAGCCGUACAGUGCCCAAACGAUCAUACACGGAGACCCCAAAGCACCGAACUUCUUCUUCCGAAGCAGACAGGAGAGUGCAAAGCCCAUCACAGAGGCUAAUGACAGGGAGUGUGGGGGUGUGCGAGAAGGGUCUCAGGCCGGUGCAAAGGUACACGCGAGUGCGUGUGUUGGUAGCAGUCACUCAGAGAAGAGUGCGGGUGUAUCGGAUGACAAAGAGACGUCAGGAUGCGAGAGCGACACGGAGUUGGAGGUGGGGCUGAUAGACUUCCAAUGGGCCGGGAAAGGCCUUGUGGCCACAGACGUCGCUUACUGCAUAGCUGCAUCCGCGCACAAGUCUUGCUUUGAGGAAAGCUCACUGGAAACCUUCCUGGCGUUUUACUAUGCUUGCUUGGAUAGGGACAGCCUGUCCUAUGAUACGUUUCGGACCCAGUUUGACCUGGCCUUUAUUGACCUGGGACGCAUCGUGGUGGCAGACCACUGGGGUGCCAUCACCAUGGCAACGCUCCGCAAACGAGAGGGCAAGUUUGUGUUCAACGCUUACAACAAAUCAGAGGCUAUUGCCAUAUGGUUCUUGCGAGAGCUGAGUCGGUGCUUGGAUCGGCAACUCGCUUGUAUGGACAGUUAGACACCACUGAAUCCUAAACUUUAAAACCUUAAAACCCUUAAACCCAGAGGGAACACAUGUGCUACCACUGUUUACAUUUGCAGCACGCACGUGUGUGACCACAUACCACUACAUGCUAUCUGUGCGUGUGACAACUGACCACUAAUAAACAAAUUUUUAGUCCAA